CUAUCUAUCUUUUUAAAUCAAUAUUUCUUUUGUAAUAUGUGUUUUGGAUGGUGACAUGAGGUGUGCCAUAGACUGUUUUGCAUCGCUAAGAUCUGAACUACCUCCAGAUUUGGGGAAGACUCAGUACCACGGACAGCUCCUUUCUCUCCUCCCUCCUUCUCUCCAUCUCUCUCCUCUCUCUCUGUGUCUCUCUCUCUAACUGUCUCUUCCGGGCGCACACUCGGCAGCUGGCUGCGAUACAGCUCCUCCCUCCUGUGUGGUGGCUUUCCCGACCAAAGAUCCUUGGACGUGAACAGUUUCGCUGAAGAGCACUUUUCUCCCCUCCCCAAACAACCAGACGGACAAUCGAGGCGUCAGUUAUUCUAUAUCGACCUGAGAGAGAGGAGUUAAGGUGUCGGAUAAGGUCUCCAACGGUCCUUCACCUCCCCAAAUCUCUGUCAGCGAUGGAGACUUGGGCUGGCUUCUGCCCAGGCUUGCACUUAUCUCUGGGUAUCUGGGUGAUGAUAGCCGCUCAUACCCUACAAAAUGCCAAGGCGGAGAUAACUUGCGCAUCUUGCACGUCGCCGGUUCAACUUCACCUGGAGGAAUUACAGCUAGGGAUGCGCACUGACCCGACACAGGAGCCGGACACCCUAAAAAACAUCCGAGUAGAGUUUAGGGAACUCGGGGUUACCGACCAAAACACUGGAGUGGACGACGGGCAUGAGGCAGGCGUUUCUGUCGAGGAUGUCCCCCAGUUCCCUCAAGAUGUCAAUUUGGAUGGAGUUAGCGCAAAGGAAGAUGCGCCAGGGUCCAGUGAAGAAAGUCACCGCGGCAGCGAUAAGGCAGGGGAGCCUGGGCAUGGUGAGGAUGCUGCGCUCCGGAGAGCGAAGAGAAGCGGUCCUGAGUUUGCCGACUUGAGCCAGACCGGGCGGACCGGCUUGGAUGCGGGCGCUCCGGGGGAUCGGGGCUCAUUGUUUGACGGACACAAGCUGGGCAGGUCUGAGUUCAGAUGGAACAGGGAUGAAGGGAGAGGGAAUAACCGGCAGGAUGAGCCCAAGCUCACCAGCAGCACUUUCUCCCUGACGGGGGACUCUGCGCAUAACCACGCGGUGGUCUACUGGUCAGGUCAAAACAGCAGCGUGAUCCUGAUUCUAACCAAGCUGUACGACUUUCAUAUUGGCAGCGUCACUGAGAGCACACUUUGGAGAUCUACUGACUACGGCUCCACGUAUGAGAGGAUGAAUGACAAAGUGGGAUCCAAGACCGUCCUGAGUUACCUGUACGUCUGCCCGACUAACAAGAGAAAGAUUAUGGUGUUGACAGAUCCGGAGUUUGAAAGCAGCGUGCUCAUCAGCUCUGAUGAGGGGGCCAGUUUCCAGAAGUACCGCCUCACUUUCUACGUCCUGAGCCUUUUAUUCCAUCCCACUGAAGAAGACUGGGCCUUAGCCUACAGUCACGACCAGAAGCUGUACAGCUCGGUGGACUUUGGAAGAAAAUGGCAACUCAUCCACGAACACGUCACGCCGAACAGAUUCUACUGGUCUGUCUCCGGCCUCGACAAGGAGCCAGAUCUGGUCCACAUGGAGGCUCACACACCAGAUGGAAAUGUGCAGUAUGUCACAUGCAGAGCUCAGAUGUGCACAGAGGUGAACAGGAACUACCCAUUCCCUGGGUACAUCGACAUCAGCUCACUGGUGGUUCAAGAUGACUACAUAUUCAUACAGGUUCCUACAUCAGGGCGAGCCACCUAUUAUGUGUCCUACAAGAGAGACUCGUUCAUACAGAUCAAGCUACCCAAAUAUUCCCUGCCAAAGGAUUUACACAUUGUCAGCACUGAUGAGAAGCAGGUAUUUGCCGCGGUGCAGGAGUGGAACCAGAAUGACACCUAUAACCUCUACUUGUCUGACACCAGAGGGAUCUACUUCACCUUGGCCAUGGAAAAUGUCAAGACUACUAGGGGCAUCGGAGGGAACCAGAUGCUGGACCUGUAUGAGGUGGCGGGAAUUAAAGGGAUGCUGAUUGCUAACAAGAGGCAAGACAACCAGGUCAAGACGUACAUGACCUACAAUAAAGGCCGGGACUGGAGGCUGCUGCAGGCUCCGGCUACUGACCUGGAAGGAAACGACAUUCACUGCAUACUGCCUUUCUGCUCACUCCAUCUCCAACUGCAAACAUCAGAGAACCCUUACUUGUCUGGAACUAUCUCCACCAAGAGCUCUGCACCAGGGAUCAUAGUCGCCACGGGAAAUAUUGGAGCAGAGCUGUCGUACAACAACGUUGGCAUGUACAUAUCAUCUGACGCUGGCAAUAGCUGGAGACAGAUUUUUGAAGAGGAGCAUAAUGUGUGGUUUCUGGAUAAAGGAGGGGCCCUCGUCGCUGUCAAACAGCCAUCUGUGCCAACCAGACACUUGUGGGUCAGCUUUGACGAGGGGAGGCAGUGGACCCAACACAGCUUCUCCUCAGUGCCCCUGUUCGUGGAUGGAGUCUUGGUGGAGGCCGGGGCUGAGAACCAAAUCAUGACCUUUUUUGGACACUUCAGCCACCGCUCUGAAUGGCAACUCAUCAAGAUAGACUACAAAUCCAUCUUUAGCAGGAAGUGCACAGAGGAAGACUAUCAAACCUGGCACCUGCACAACCAGGGUGAGCCAUGCGUUAUGGGACAGAAACAGAUAUACAUGAAGCGCAGGCCUGGGAACUACUGCAUGCUGGGAAAGGACUAUUCAAGAAUCCUCUCAGCUGAGUCCUGUAUUUGUCGGGCUCAUGAUUUUGAAUGUGAUUAUGGAUAUGAGCGCCGCAGCGAUGGGAACUGCCGGCAUGCCUUCUGGUUCAACCCCUCCACUCUCUCCAGAAGCUGCAGCCAGGGUCAAAACUACCUCAACAGCACAGGGUACCGUAAAGUGGUGCUGAACAACUGCACUAAAGGAGUUAAAGAAAUGUACACGGCCAGAAAGCAGCAGUGCCCCAACAGACCUCCUAAAGGACUAUUGCUGACAACGAAAAACGGAAAACUCACCGCCAACCUGGGCAGCAACGUCACCUUCCUGGUGCAUCUAGAUGAGGGUGACUCUUUGCGCACCAACAUCCAGCUGGAUUUCGGCGAUGGGACGGCUGUUUCCUACUCCAACCUGAGCUGGACUGAGGAGGGGAUCAAACACCUCUACAAGUCUGCUGGAAUAUUCCGUGUCACAGCUCUGGCAGAGAACACGCUGGGUUAUGACACCACAACACUCUUCCUGCAUGUCACAUGUCCAGUGGAGCAUGUCCAGCUUCUCGCUCCCUUCGUGGUCAUAAAGAACAAGGAGGUGAACAUCACAGCAGUGGUCUUACCCAGCCACUCACGUACUGUGACUUACUUCUGGUGGCUAGGCAACAAUACUGAGCCCGUGAUAACACUGGAUGGGAGUAUCUCACACAUCUUCCCCACCGACGGCAUGCACACCAUCACAGUCCAAGUGGCUGCAUCCAACACCAUACUGCAAGAUACCAAGACCAUAGCAGUCAAAGAAUUCUUCAAAUCUCUACUUUUAUCUUUCUCCCCUAAUCUGGACGAGUUCAACCCUGACAUACCCGAGUGGAGACAGGAUGUGGGGAGAGUAAUUAAGAAGGCUCUGCUCCAAGUGUCUGACUUCCCGGAGGAGCAGCUCUUGGUCGCCGUGUUCCCAGGAGUUCCGACAGCUGCUGAGCUCUUCCUGUUACCUCACAAAAACCAGACGGAGGUCAAGAAAAAGAGUGAGGAAGAGCUAGAGCAGGUAUCGGAUAUAAUUGUAAGUGCGCUGAAUCAAAAUUUGGUGGAGUUCGAGCUCAAGCCGGGAGUAAGGGUGAUUGUGUACAACACACAGUUAACACUGGCACCCUUGGUGGACUCCAACCCCAGACACAGCAGCUCGGCUAUGCUGAUGCUGCUAUCAGUGGUGUUCCUGGGCCUAGCAGUGUUCCUCAUCUACAAAUUCAAGAGAAAAAUACCUUGGAUCAACAUAUAUGCUGAGGUGAACCAGGAGAAGGAGCAGGAGAUGAUUGGCUCAGUGGGCCCGGGCGACAGCACGCCUAAAAUCACUCUGAGUGAGUUCUCCACAUCCAAAGAACUCAUGGAGAAGGAACUGGAUGCCAGGGUCAAAAGGGGAGUUGGAAAUGCCUGCGAGAGCACAAGGGAGAUUCCAAACUGUACUAGUGUGUAAAGCCGGAGAGCAACAGUUUAUGUACAGAGCGAAGUAUUACAGUGUCGGGGGUUCUCUUUUUCUGUUUUGUAAUUCUCAACACAACUGAUGUUAAUAGUUUUCUAAGGGACCUCAUUUAUACAGACUUGCACGGACGCCUCGUUCAACAACAUCCAUGCAGCAAAUGUCAAUUUACUCAAUGAGAUCAUUGUAAUUACUGGCAAAACUUAUUCAGUUUUGUGGAUGUAUAAGCUACAUAAUGACAUUUGCAGAGUGAAAUAUCUUUCGUCAGAACCUAUGAAGAGUUAUGUAAAUUUCCUAAGGAGUUUGCUUUGAAAAUCAUUUCUGCCUAUAUAUAGACUAUAAUGUCUGAGUCUUCAAUCAAACAGGGAAUAUUAUUGAAAUGUACAAUAUUAUCAUCUGUUCUGUUAAAUGUAUAUAUUAUUACUUUCUACAUGCUCGUAGUCUUGAGUACCAUGGCGACAACGGAUCUGACAACGAUCUGUUUUUGAACGUGUGUUAAAAGUCAAACAUUACUUAAAGAACUCAACUUUGUUUUGCUAAGGUCCUCGACUUGUGCAUGUUCUUAUUGAGGACACGAUUUCUGUGUUGUAGAUAAGCAAGUGUUGUAAAUAGUUAUUUUCUAAUCAGUCAUCAAAAGAGCCCAACUGAUUUUGCCCAGACUUCUGUUUUGCUCUCUCAUUUUCUUCAGUUGCUGUCGGGCAAUAUGUAUCUAGUAGAAAGGGUCUAUCUGUUAAUGCAGGUAGAACUUUAAUGGCAUAUUAUAGAUUUAACUUCCCACCAUUUCCCUGGAAAUGGAAUGAAAAGGAUCAACAUGAUCAUGAUCAAUAUGUUUAUAUUUUCAUUAAACAUAUAGGCAUCAAUAGAAUUCAGACAUUUUUACACAGAUGACAGUUUUUAAACUAUCUGAGCCAAACAUUAUUUGCCAUCUUUUUAUCACAUUUUUCUACCAAGACAAGGCUCUAAUAGCUCUGAUUUCGCCUCAGAACAAAAGCUGAAUCAGUCACUACGGGUAGUAUCAAACUGUAGCUACCAGAGAUCAAAUUCACAAAACUGACAUGUUGGGAGAACCAUGAUGCUAUUUGUUCCAGAAUUCUAAAUGUGUAUAUCCUCUAAAAUACCAGUAGGCAAAGGGUUGGGUUCCGAGAGCUGGAUUCAGUUCUUGUUCUUCUUAAGGCCCAGACACACCAAACAGACUUCAAAGAACUAGCAGUGUUAAAAGCUUACUGCUGCGUUGCCUCAAGUCUUCUCUGUCUUGGCCAAGAUGUUGUGCUUAAACACACAUAAAGGCUACGAUCAACAGCCAUCUAGCACGUACAUUCUGUGCCUACAUGAGAGGAAAUAACUCUUUAUACAGUACCAGGAGGCCGAGGUAGUCUGUAUUCGUCCCUCAAAAAGGGAAUCCAAAAGACCAACAGAACAGAUUCAAGACACUAGUUAGCCAGUUAGCGCAUCAACAACACAACCUGAUGUUGAAAGAACAAAGCAUAUUUACUGUGCACUUCCAAACAAUAACACAAAACAAUACUUUGCUCAAUUCGGUUUCUCUGCUUGUGCCCUGAGCUGAACUGCCAAUCAGAGUGACUUCAUUCACUGACAGGACUCUGCAAUUUCUGACACUGAAUCAGCAUGCUGAAUCAUCAAAAAUAUAGCCAACAAGGGCCAAAGAUGGCCAACGGUGCGGGACACACCCCAAACACUGGGGUGACAGGCGUUCACUAAUGGCCGACCAUUAACCACUGGCCGACUGUUGUCUUAGUGUCGGGCCCCUUACAUUUAAGGUCUUUUAGGCUGUCUGUUAAUCAAUUGGUCCAUUGAAAAUAUGGAAACAUAUUAACUACUGAAUAGAUUGCUAUGAAACUGUGAAUGGACAUUCGUGGUGCUUAGAGUAUGAACUGAAAUGACCCUUGUGAUUCUCUGACAUAUAAUGUUUCGCCACCAUGAGAUUUACACAGUGGUUUUAAUUGGAAUGUGUCAGCAACUACUGGAUGGGUUGUAAUGAAAUGAUUCUGAUAUUUAUGUUCCCCUCAAGAUAUGCUCUAAACCUUGAUGAUCUCUUCGCUUUUUAUGUAGCACCAGUAUCAGGUCAGAACUUCUAUUCAUCCAACUCUUUGAUUUAUGACCAAACACCUGCAAAACUAAAAACAUUACAAUCAGUCUCAGCUGUAGGCUAAUUUGUGUUUAGUGCUAAUUAGCAAAUGUUAAGAUGAUAACAUGCUAAACUGAGAUGGUAAACAUGUAAACACUGAGCAUGUUUGCAUAUUUUGCAUUGGCUAUUGGUUCAAAGCCCAGCUGUUCUAAGUACAGCCUCACAGAACUGCAGGAAUGGCUGUAGACUCUUAGGGCCCUUUCACACCUACCUCAUUUGGUCCGGACUUUGAGAAUUUUCAGUUUCAUCUAAACCAAAGUUAAAGGUGAGAAACCUCCCCUGGACUACAGUCAGGACUGAAUAGCCAAACCUUAGUCUGACGAAAAGAGGUGGCCUCAGUCUGCAUCAAAGGGAAUCAUGGUCAUUUAUAUCUGAAAGCCAUUUUUGGAUGGUUUGGACUUUCGGACCAAUUACAGGAAGUUCUUAGUAGCUUAGCUCCUUUAAGGCAUAGCUCAGUGUAAAGAGAGAGAAAGAGAGAUGGAGAGUAAAUGUGCUCAGAGCAGAGAGGAAAAUUAGCAGUAAAUUUGUCUCAUGGUAGUAAAUGUACAGUGAGGUUUCAGUUGGUCCACGAAUAAAAUCUGUGGCUCCUACGGCAUGUGUGAUGGUAUGUGAUGUAUAGUUCUUGCGCUAGCAUCACUGCAGUGUGAAACCACAACUAACCGGAUCAAAUGGUUCUGACUUUCAGGUGUGAAAAGGUCCUUGGUCUUGUUUUAUCACCUUGCAAGAGUAAUGUUCAAAACAUUUGUAACAUUAGCACACUUGACGUUGUUAGCUGGCUCUAGCUGAUAUUUAUGUUUUAUUUUCUCAGAUAAAGACCUAUUUAUAUAAUAAUGGUUCUGUGGUGUUGGCAUUUCAAAACUGAUACAUGCAGUGCACCAUGGCAACCCAGUUGCCAGAAAAAAUGUUCCCAUUGAGCGUUUCUACAAAUUACAGAUAUGGUCAUUUGUACAUUAUUUUGUAGGUCAUGCAUUGAACGGUUCUCAGAAACGUUGUAGUGAAAGGUUCUGUUAAUGCACAAAAACCACUUGAUUAUGGUUAGGAAAAGGUCACAUUGUAGCUUAACACACCCACAUUUGGUGGCUGGGACGCCGCUGGGAAACGCUGCAGCUGCAGCUUGGCAGGCAUCUUGCCAAUGUGACAUGCCAUCCACUACCCAGUCCACCUCCCAAUGACAAGUCAGCUUUUAUACUACGUCACAAACAAUAAUAUGACACGAAUGAAACGUGCAAAUGUAACAUAUUUGUUGUUUGCAGAAGUGUGCAAUACAAACAUUUUCUUCUGGCUACUUCUUCUGGAGCAUCAAUUGACAAACAUCACUUGAGGUGCGUCAGUAAUGGCUUUCAAUGUGUUUGGGCCUUGAUAUUCCUAGUUAAACAUUCAUGCAUUCCUUAUCAAUAUUAAAGCUUGUUAACUUAAUAAUCAGAACUUGGGACCUAAUUAGACCAAGUAGCUUGUAAAAAAGUAAAGUGUGCACAUUAACUAGGUUACAACCAGUGUAUCAAAUACACUUAAUCAACAUUUCGUAUCUUCAGCUGCUCAUCUCAUUUCCAAGUUGCUACAACAUUAAUUAGACGUCCACUAAAAUCGGCAGUGUUUCUGCCUUAAAGGGUGGUGACUGAUUUGAACUGAAUCUUUGAGUUUUAGUUAUUAAUUAAUCCAGGUUUCUCACACAUCUUUAAGGCUACACCUAAUGCUAUCAAAACCCAACUCUAAGAAGGAUGAUAGAAUCUAGAUAUUUUAGAGGAUAUCUCAUUGCCCAUGCUAUAUUGAACAGAGAAUAUCCAAAAUUCUUUAUGAUCAGAUGUAUUACUUUACUAUCAUUUUGUUUAUGCAUGGAUAUAACAGUAACUUGGAAUGAACCCUUCAGUGCAGUGUUUCUCAUUUGGUCCCUUGCUCAGGGUUUUGGGGUGUCUGCUCCAUGCAGCUUAAGGGAGUGUUUUAUAUUUGACGGCUAAAGUAGUCUCACAAGCCUUUUCGUUCAUCUGAAGAAAAAAAACAACAGAAUAUUGUCUCUAAAUAUUGAGAGUGGAGCAGUUUGCGUUCAUUUAAACAUCACACAGUGUACGAACAGAGCAGACACAGUGCAACCGGGCUGGGUUGAUGUAAUUAAUCCACUCUCCCUGGUGCCAUCAGGCUCAUUUUACAACCCAACACUUGACUCAUUGCUUUGCGUUUAGUUUGAAAUGAGGGAGUAGCGUCCUCCCAGCAUGCAAGUCUCCACUGGCGCUGUGUUAUCUGGGCCUACAAAAGCAAACUGAGUGGCCUCGGGUUGACUCCCGUAGGCUUCCUGGUAUCCAACAUGACAAUAAUCAGAGAAAGCUGGACAGCUGAGCAGAGGACACCCCAUGCAGAGCUUUCCCACAAUGCUCAACUCAAAUAAACAGCACUUACAGGAGAAGCGAGGGGCAGGGGAACACUGUACAAAGAUAUAAGCUGUCACAUCACAUAUGCAUUACCUUGAACAAAGCGUUUUCAUCUCAAACCAAACAGCCAAGCCAAGUCUUGUUACUGCAGACAGAAAACACACUGAACAAACAUUGUUUUGUAGCUUUGUUGUAUUCAACACAUGUCACAAGCAAAGGGUUGUUUGCUUGGCUGGAUUUACUUCGGUUGGGGGCUUUGAUGGUGUCACAAUGCCGUAGUUGUUCUGAGUCUUAUUAGCAAAACAGGAUUAGGAGAAACAGAAAAAGAACUAUCAGAAAGUUUGUGCUGAGCACAACUAAAACCAUACUUUUAGUGUAUUUCUUUUCUUUUUUUCCUCUUGGACCCUUUGAGAUUGUAAAGAAUGUAUGAUGAAUACACUUGUUCAUAGCCAGGCCAUAAUACUUUGUAGCAGCUGUUGGUGUGUAAGAACUUGGUACUCUUUAAAAGUCUGUAAAGAAAACAAAAGAAUAGCUACUGACAAUGUCGUGCUUUAUAGACCCUUCUACAGUUUGUAAACAAUCAUGACGUACAUAAGUCUGCACAUGCAAUAUGGCAACAGAAGUAUGGCUGGGUGCAAUGUCUUGUGAAGCUAUGCACCAAGGAUCACAAAUGCUACCUAAACAAAUUGACAUUGACAGAUGGUGACCAACUUCCAGAUCUGUGUGCUGUUAGUGAGUGGAUACCAGACAUAAGCAAGAGGCCCAAUACUCAGUGGCAGAAUACACGCUAGAAUUUGAUAGAAAAAACUAGCAUGUACACCAGCGAGGAAUUACCAGCAUACAAGUUAAUAGAUGAUUACGACAGUGUUAUCUUUGGUAAUGUAAAUAAUGUCAAAUACCAAGAUACAGAAUUGGAGUUGUGUAUCUAAAGGCCCAGCAAACCAAAUCAGACAUCAAAGAACUAGUGGCCAACUACUGCAGAACCUCGCAUAGCCUUUGUCUCUGCUACAAAGUUGCACUGAACACACCACAAAGUCUACAGCCAACAGCCGACUAGCAUGUACGUUUUGCGCCUGCGUGAGAGGAAAUAACACUCCACGCUAGUUGUGUUCUGUCAUUCAAAAAGAGAAACCGGAAGACCAACAGGUAGGAAUCAAGACGCUACCUAGCCAGUUAGCACAAUACAACCCAGUACUGAAAGGACAAAGGAUAUUUACCGUGCACUAGCAAACAAUAACUCAAGCAAUUACCAAACGUUUCUGCCAAAGUGCUCAAUGGCUAAAAAUACAAUCUUUACUUUUAUGAUAAGUUUGUUUCAAUCUCACAACCUCUUGACUUUAGCCGUUUCCGCACUUCCGUUUCUCUUUGUGUGAACUGAGCUGAACCGCCGAUCGGAAUUUCAUUCACCAAUGAGCUCUGCCAUCUCUGACACCAACAACUAGGUGAUGCUAGCAUAGUUCAGAGCUUGAUGAUAUAGUUGUUAUGCUAACAUACAUUCUGCUUCUGUUUUAGUGUAACGUGAGAAUUUUUGAUCAUGUCCGCAGUCCAGUGGUGGCAAACUCAUUCAAUAGCUUGCAAUAGCUUGCAGCCUUUGUUGGGGUUUAACAAGUGAUCAUGUUAACUGAUGUGUUGCAGAAUAAAGAGACACAAAGCACAGGACUGAACGUUUGAGGGUCUACUCAUGAUUUGUACAUCAUGACAAUUGUCUGACAAACAAGCAGUCUCAGUUGACAUUCCUACAAGCUUUCCAAUAUACAUUAAAAGGUGUUUCCUGUCACUUAAGCUGCUGUUUCCUGUUACUGAUAAUCAGUUCUGGGAACAAUUGCCUCUCUUCACCUACCCAAAUUUGGCUAGAGUGAUCAGAGUGAUGAAGUCAUGUCAGGUCAUUUACACUUUAAGUUAUCGUAGUAAUUCACGUAAAUGGUUGGUAAAGAUAAUUAACACAGAUUUAAAACUGACUGUAGUAAAAUGAAAGGCUACGUGUAAGGCCAUCAUUACGUGCACCCAUAAUGCAUUCGGCUAAGUCACUAGUAAGAACGGUCACUUGUUAAACGAAACAGGGUUGUUCUGAUGGUCAUGAUCCUGUCAGAACUCUGUAGAACUUGAGUCCACUGUUGGAAUAUCAAUUCUGACAACCAAACAUACAACAUGUCAGACAUUUUAAUGCGGGUAGCAGCUUUAAAUCAUUGUUUAAGACGUGCCAACUCGUCUGGUUGGCUGGGACAAAACACCACUUCUGUUGCCAACAUGCGUGCGCAUAUUUUUGAUGACGUCAGCUGAUAAAGGGUCUACAUCUGCACAGACAUAUUUCAACUGUCACCAGUAAAAGAAACUCAUACACUUUGGGACGUUUCUCCAUUGUUCAUUCAGUCAACACUUUGAUCACUGGAAAUUGCUGUCUCAUCUGAUAUCUUAAAUGCCACAUUAUACUGUAAGAUCCAGAUCCAGGGGAUAUCCAUAAUUGAAAAAUGAAAGAGAAUCUUGCUUUCGUGAUAUUUCAGAAGGCAUAAGCAUUGUAAUGUUCUUCAGUGCACAAAAAUCUACAAUGCAUGCAUCAUCAGUAAUGUUCUGUUUCAUCCUUAUUUGGAUAUUUCUACGGUAAAGAAACUGUCAUUUUGAAAUUGUUUCAAAUAAAUGUAUUUUUGUACAUCAA